UGGGGAAGCGCAUUGUUCAAAAACCAAACGCAGUCGGGUAAAAUAACUCUGCUGAGCCUCAGAGUGCUUCGAAAUCGAGAAGAAGCAGUAGGCCAGUGUUAGUGUCAGGUAGCUUUGAUACACAUUAAAUCCAGUAUCUCUGGUUUUUGUCAAGUACUUGGUACUUGAGUUUUGGUGAUCUACUCAGUAACUUAACAACAUUUAUCUAGCGUUACUGUAAUCCAGGCACUCAUCGCAUUUACGACAUUUAAGGUAAGCAUGGCGCUGUCUUUGUCCUCCCCGUGUGGAUUCUUCUCUGAGGACGAGGAAAUGGCUGUGUUUGAGUCUACGGCAGCAGAGCAUGGAGGCCUGUCCAGACCACGUCUGCCUGAGAUCUCUGUCAUUUCCCCCGGCCUGGACAUCCGACCAUCCAUUACAGAACCGAAACUAGCAGUGAAACCUGCAGUGGUGAGAAAGGGCAGCUAUGAUGGGGGUAACACAGAGAGGGUGAAGGUUUCUCUGCGCAUCCGGCCACUUACUAAGACGGAGAGUGACAGGGGAGAAGAACAGGGUUGUGUGGCUGUGCAAGAUGAAGGGACUCUGCUGCUCAAAGCACCAAAAGAAUCUCAGAACAUGAGAACUGCAGAACGGGGCAUCACCCAGAGCAUGCACAAGUUCAGUUUCUCAAAGAUAUUUGGGUCUGAAACCACACAGCAACAGUUUUAUGAGUCCACGAUGAAAAACAUGGUGAAAGACGUGCUUCAAGGAGAAAACCGGCUUCUCUACACUUAUGGUGUAACUAAUUCUGGAAAGACUUACACUAUUCAGGGCAGUGGUCGAGAGGCCGGCCUCCUGCCCCGGGCUUUAGCAUCUCUGUUCAGGAAACUGCAGGGUCGUCUCUAUGGUUCCAUGGACAUGAAGCCUAUCAUGUAUCAGGAUGUGAGGCAGCUUAACACCGGAGAAAUCAAGAUGGAGGAAAUCCGCAGAAACUCUCUGCUCAAAGAGGAUGACAAUCUGCCUGCUCGUCGAGGUGGUACCACUACAGCCUGGGACAGCGGCAUUGGAGGUCUCUCCUCUACAAGUAACAUUGCCACCCUGCUUGAAGAAACGGACAGUGUUUGUCUGGAGCCUGACAGUCUUUCACACAGUGGAGGAGAUGAUCUGGAGGAAGGUGUGCAGUUUUCUAUCUGGGUGUCCUUCUAUGAGAUCUACAAUGAGUUCCUGUAUGAUCUACUGGAUGCUUCGCCCUCCAUGCAGCCCAGAAAAAGGGUCACGCUGCGGCUUAGUGACGACAAGCAGGGCAACCCCUAUGUGAAAGACCUCGCCUGGAUCCAGGUCCGCAGUGCAGAGGAAGCUUGGAGGAUUCUGAAGGCUGGACGUCGUAACCAGAGCUUCGCCAGCACUCACCUCAACCAGAACUCCAGCCGUAGCCACAGCGUUUUCUCCAUCCGAGUCCUGCACGUCCGCCCGGAGGCGGAUUCAGCCCAGGCCAUGCACAUCAGCGAACUGACUGUGUGUGACCUGGCUGGAUCUGAGCGCUGUAAAGAGCAGCGUAAUGGCGAGAGGAUGAAGGAGGCCAACAACAUCAACACCUCCCUUUUAACACUGGGACGCUGUAUUGCUGCUCUGAGGCACAACCAGAACAACAAAUCGCGACCCCCUCAAGUGGUGCCCUUCAGGGACAGUAAACUGACCCGGGUCCUGCAGGGUUUCUUCUGUGGCAGAGGAACCUCCAGCAUGGUGGUCAAUAUCAACCCGUGUGCCUCCAUCUAUGACGAGACCCUCCAAGCCCUCAAAUUCUCAGCUCUGGCUACUCAACUGGUCCAUGGGCCGUCCACAAAGACCCGGGUGGCCUACAUCCUGUCCUUACUGCGCGAGCCAACUGCAAAUGGUAACGAAAGCACGAUGAUGGAAGAUGAAGAGGAUGAGAGUGAUGUUGAAGACGGAGAUAUCGGCUUGUUAAAUACAGAGGCUUUGCUGCAGGCCAUUGACGUCCUGAAGAGAGAAGUGCAGCGCCAGCGGGAAGAGAAAGAGGCUCUUGAGGCAACUGUGAGAGAGCAGGUGGUCUCGGAGAUGAUGGAGGUCAUCUCUGGGAUGCAAGAUGACUUCAGUGAGACCUUAGAGGCAGAGAGGGCUCUAAUCGAAGAGAGAUACGAAGACAAGAUAACCAACGUGCAAAAACAUUUGAAGAUAUUCUACAGCCAGGAGCUGAAGGAGCGUGAUCAGGAGAUUGAAGCUUUGUCCGCUGCACUUGAAAAAAACGAGGCUCGUGAAUCGGUCCCGGUGUCGCUGCCACAUGGAGACUCUGAGGGACCUCGACGCUCUCAGCGUAACACUAAGCCAGAAUCUGGCAGACUGCAAGUUGAGCUCGAUCAGUGUCGCGCUGAGCUGCUCACCAAGACACAAGAGCUGAGAAAGCUGAAGCUGCAGCUGGAAGUCCCAUGCUCAACAGGCACCCUCCCCGGUGCUGCUGACCGCAAACUGGAGGAAGGGCAACGGAACCUGCGCCAGCUGCGCCUGGAUUUGCAGAGGCUCGGGGCCGACCUGCAGUCUGGUGAACGAGCCUGCUGCCGCAACACAGGAGGGGAGAGGCUGCGGCAGGCGCUAACUGCUGCAGACGAGACCUUGGCCAAACAGGACCAGAUCCUAUUGGACCUCCAGAAUGGCCUGAUGCUUGUAAAGGCCGACUUAAGGCGGAAAGCUGAGAUCUUGGCCCAGACACAGGCCGUCCAGCCCCAGCUGCCCACCACCACCACACCCGGUUCCUGUACGAAGAGGGGCUGUGGGGCUGUUGCACCAAGUGACACUGAGAACCGGCCACCGCAGAAACGUCCCUUUUUCCAGUCUCUGUUCCCGACACGUACCCCAACACGUACAUACAACACACGCGCUGUUGAAGAAGCAAACCCUACUCCUUACUCACGGAUCUUGCGGUCUCGCCAGCAGUCUCCCCCUCGCAGCCCUCUCCCCACCCCUCGUAUUCUCAGAGGGAAGUACUGAGCUCUUUAGAGCGUCAGUGGGAGUGUGUUCUCUUUGAUAUUAUGCAAAAAGAGUUUUUAUUUGCAUGUAACUUUAUUUUUAUGUUGCCUUGUAUAUAUUCACUUCUUGCAGUGCCUUUAACUCACUGUCAUGCCAAAUACAGUUAUUAUGUUCAAGCUAGUAAAACAGUUAUGCUUUAUAUAGGGUUGUUGUACACUACUAUGGGAAUUGAGAUGUUGAGCAGUAGCUAAUAGAUAUGGACUGUAUGGUAAGAAUAGUGUGUGUGUGUGUGAUCAGCCUUCUCUGCAAUAAAAUCUAUGAAAAACACUUUGACUAGUCUAAUUACUAAAACAGAAAUAUGCAUUUUAUUCUCUU